GCGGACGGGCGGGCGGGCAUUAGUCAACGGCAUACACACGACAUACAUACGCACGGAUGACAAAUCCAUGAGUCCACCGCGGUUUUGCGCGAUCUGUCCGGGGGUUAUCGUUAUUCGUUAUCGCCACGUAUCCGCGCAUCGACCCUUCGUACCUCCGGGCGUGUAGUAAUCAUGAUCCUGCUCGAGAUACACAACAGGAUACUCGAGGAAACGUUGACGAACAAGAUCAAGAAUGCCCAGUCGGGACAUAAGCAGGAGUCGACGGACGUAGUCAUAGCCGACUUCGAUGGGGUAUUGUUUCACAUUUCGAACCUCAGCGGAGACAAGUCGAAGCUUAGAAUUAGUAUCUUGCUCAAAUUUUAUAAACAGUUGCAAGAGCAUGGCGCAGACGAGUUGCUCAAACGAGAGUACGGGUCUCAUCUCAUCGCACAGGAGAGCGGUUACAACGUAUCGGUUCUCAUAGAUCUAGAGAAAUUGCCGGAGGAUUGGGAGGCGUUGGUGAGGAAGGUCGCCCUGCUGAAGAGGCAUUGCUUCGCCAGUGUUUUCGAGAAGUACUUCGACUUCCAGGAGGAGUACUGCGACUCCCCGGGCAGGCCGGUACAAAAGAGAGCCGUAAUCCAGUAUCGGGACGAGGAAACGAUGUACGUGGAGGCCAAGAGCGACAGGGUCACGGUAGUGUUCAGCACAAUAUUCAAGGACGAGGACGACAUGGUCAUCGGCAAGCUGUUUCUUCAGGAGCUAAAGGAGGGCAGGCGCGCGAGCCACACCGCCCCGCAGGUCCUGUUCAAUCAUCGUGAGCCGCCGUUGGAGUUGCAGGAUUCCGAAGCGGCGGUCGGCGAUUGCAUCGGUUACAUCACAUUCGUACUGUUUCCACGUCACACCAAUCGGGAGGCUCGCGACAACACCAUCGACCUGAUACACAUGUUUAGGAAUUAUCUGCACUACCAUAUCAAGUGCAGUAAAGUUUACAUUCACUCGAGAAUGCGCACCAAGACUACGGACUUCCUCAAGGUGUUGAACAGAGCGAGGUCUCAAUCCAAAAAUACCGAGAAGAAGACUAUCACGGGACGAACAUUCAUAAGGAAAGAAUGAACGUGCCGUAGGAAGCGAAAGUAUUAACGCAUUUUUCAAGAGAAGAGAGCGAAGGAUUAUUGCGCGACUGGUGCGGGAACGUCCUGCGAGCGAGAUUCCCUGGCGAAGGCAUUCCUCAAUUCCGUGCGCCAUCGACGAAUUAAGUGCUUCGGACCUUUGAGUUUUCAAUCCUGUUCCUCGAGCAGUGCCCUGUAUUUCGGCAAGACAGUUAGUUAAGAAAGAUAGUUAAUAAAAAGCCGCGUUAAACGAAUAAUGGAGAAGGAUGAAAGGGAGAAACGAAUCGGAUCAACGCGAUCGCGCGUCUCGAUUAUCCAGAAAAAAAAAAGGGAAUAUUUGGAGACGCCGGAGUUGCAUCUGCAAUCUUGUGGUUGACAGUUACUGCUCUACCGCGAAGAGAAUCGCUCGUUGCGAAAACGUUUUACCGAUUUUUACAGUGAUGUAAAGGUUCGGGUACGGUGUCGCUUUCAAGAAAUUUGAAUUCGGAAAUUUGCAUAUUUUACACUGGUUGUUACUUCAAACAGUUUAUUAUACGUUACAACGUUUUUCUGAACUUACGUCUGGCGCUUCGGGCGAGUACAUCGAAUACAGAUUUAGCGUUACGGUGAUGAUAUCCCUAUCAGAUGAAAUGUCACACGAAAUGUCCUUUAAAAGAACGUUAAAGUAUGUUCGAACUCUCAAUCUCUCGAGCCUGUGAUUGUAUGCUAUUGUAUACCCUUGUCGCGGAAUUUUCGAGCCAACGUUAUCUGAAUCGCCAGAGGUAACCGAAAUAGAGAAACAAAGAAUUCAAUGACGGGAAAGGUAAUGAUGGACGAUUUUACUUUUCGCAUUGCAUUUUUCGCCUCGACAGUCGCGGAUUGUCGAGCGGACGGGUACUGUUAAAUAAGCGCAAUUGUUCCCUUUUUCGAUAUCUUUUAUCGUCUACUUAACGACUUAUACACACAUCCGAUUAUUGUGAGAGAGAUACAAAUAAAACAGAACAUUAACAA